UAUAUCUUCCGUGUACAAGAGUUUGUUUACAAAAUGGAAGAUUUUCGAGUCUGGAAUCUGGAUUACUUCCCCGAGAAUAUUUUAAUUGAUAUUUUAUCGUAUUUAGGUGUGCGAGAGCUGGUCAGAGCGGGAAGGGUGUGUGAAAGAUGGAAACGUCUUGUGAAAGACCAGAGAUUGUGGAGACUUGUUGAUCUCACUGCCUGGAAAGGGGUGACAUCCCGCAUCCUCUGGGUUCUACUACGCCAGUACCUCGGCUGUGGGCUACGGUGCCUGCGGUUGCGUGGCUUGCUGCUUUCGGCAAGGGGAGGCGUCUUUUUAUCCAAGUCCUGGCUCAGAGCUUUGACGCUCAAGUGCCCACGCCUGCGCAAACUCUACCUGCUGCACACAGACCUCAGAGGCUUGCCCAGCUGCCAUCUCCUCCCACCAACGUUGCAGGUGCUGGAGCUGCGUGGCUGCGAGCUGCCCCCAAGCUUCUUCAACCUGACCCCUGGUAGUGAGUCACCGGGUCAUGGCGGCGCACCCUCCAAUGUCGGCGCCCAGCAACCAGAACCGAGCGCGGCAGGAAAACGAACGGGCUCCUCGUCGGGGGUCAGCAUUGAGCGACUGGUCCUCAACAACGUGCCGUCCUUCACCGACCAGCACCUCCAGAGCCUGACCUCCUGGGAGAGGCUGAGUCGCCUGGAGUUGCGCGACACUUUCCGCGUGACGGCCAACGGUCUGCGGAGCUGUGCGGCCAAACACUCUGGAUCGGGCCUGGAGGGGCUGUCCAAGCUCAAGUUUUUAGAGAUAGGCAUCACCGGGAGGCAGGGCUAUCAGCUCCAAAUGGCCUCACUGGGUCUGGGGUCUGGCUGGCUGGGGCUGGAGGAGCUGAGCCUGGGGGGGAAGGAGGUGGGGCCGGGUCUGCUGUGCGCCAGCCGUCUCAAAGACCUCCACAGCCUGUGCUUGUGGGCGUGCACUCUCAGCGAGAUGCAGGUCCUGAGGAGCUGCAGGAUGAUCCGUCAGCUGCGCAAGUUAGAGUUCCUGGAGGUUUUCUUCCAACCGAAGCAGGCCCCGCCGCGGGUGGACGGGGAGGGCAGUGACCAGGAGGAGGAGGAGAGGGACAGUGGGGAGGCGGCAGGCGCGAACGAGGAAGAGGACGGCCAUAAGAGACAAGACGGGAACGACCCCAUUCCCCGAUUGCAGCGGUCGUUAGCUGCCCUGUUGCCACACUGUACGCUAGUGUUCACCAACUGUUCUGUUCAAAUAAAUUCUGACUAGGUUGUCACUUUGUUAUGUACUCGGCCAAUUGACCAUGUUCUUGUCUCUUUAGCCUUAACUCCAUUGUAUCGACACAGUCUCUAUGUUUUAUUAACACAACGGUCUCAACAUGCAGACAGGAAGCUGCUACUUGCUAAAGCCACAACUAGCAGAUGUCAGCUAUUGAGAUGAAGGGUAUACUGUUCGCAAUGUUCCACCUGUUUCCUGUUUCUUCCAUUUGUAAACAACCAAAGCUUGAACUCUAGUGAUCACAUAAAACAUGGUAAUAUGACCAACCCUAA